AUGGGCAAGCUAUGGGCCGCAGAGUUUUUAGAAAGAAGAUUUCUCACCUCUCCAACCUCUCCGCUUGAACCCUUUGACAGAGAGUUUUCAGAUAUAAUGGAGAUCGAUAAGGCAAUCAGAGAAAGCGAUGAUCGAAGGCUGAAGACAAAGUACAACAAUGCCAUCUAUGUCAUCCAAAGGGCUCUAGCUCUCUACUCUGCCAUGGCUCCCACUGAUUUGUGGCAUGUUGCUGGAGUUCUUGACACCAGAAGAUGUGAUCUAUAUUUGAGGAAUAUUGGUAAUACUUUUCCAAUGAGCUCCCAUUUCGCGUUUGAUUUACCGCAAGUGCAUUUGUGUAUUGAAGAGGUCGCCUUUAGUUUCAAUGGAGGAAAGGACUCAACUGUUUUAUUACACCUGCUUAGGGCAGGCUAUUUUUUGCAUAAAGCGGAACAAAGUCAUUGCAAUGGGGAUCUGAGUGAUUGUGGAUUCAAAUUUCCUAUCCGGACAAUUUAUUUUGAGAGCUCUUCUGCCUUCUCUGAAAUCAACUCAUUCACUUAUGAAACUGCCUCUACUUACAAUUUGCAAAUGGAUAUUAUUCGCCUGGAUUUCAAGUCUGGUUUGGAGGCUCUUUUAAAGGCUGAACCAAUCAGAGCCAUUUUUCUUGGUGUCCGAAUUGGUGAUCCUACUGCUGUAGGUCAAGAACAAUUCUCCCCUAGCUCGUCUGGAUGGCCUCCUUUCAUGAGAGUGAAUCCAAUCUUAGAUUGGUCAUACAGAGACGUAUGGGCCUUUCUUUUGACUUGCAAAGUUCAAUACUGCAGUCUCUAUGAUCAAGGUUAUACCUCUAUUGGGAGCGUACAUGACACAAUUCCAAACACAUUAUUGUGCAUCAACAAUUCCACCAAUAACAGAGAACAAUUUAGACCUGCAUACCUGCUUCAUGACGGAAGAUUAGAAAGAGCAGGAAGGGUGAAAAAGCUUGCUCCUCCAGUUUGUGGGCUAUUUCCUGCCGUUAGCAACGGUCUGAAAAGUGUGGAUCCGCAACGAAACAUGAUGUGCACAGCCUCGGUCAUUGCUGUGGGUGAUGAGAUUCUGUUUGGCACUGUUGAGGACCAGUUGGGACCUUCCUUGUGUAGAAAGCUCCAUUCUAUAGGUUGGGCGGUAUCACAAACUACUGCUGUCCGAAAUGAUGUAGAUUCUUUAGCGGAAGAAGUAGAAAGACAGAAGUCCGUAAAUGACAUGGUAUUCAUAUAUGGAGGGGUUGGUCCAUUGCCUUCAGAUGUUACUGUCGCAGGGAUUGCGAAAGCAUUUGGUGUUCGUUUGGCUCCUGAUGAAGAAUUUGAGGAAUGUCUUAGACAUUUGAUGGGUGAAAAGUGCACCGGGGAUCGGAUCGAGAUGGCUCAAUUGCCCGAGAGUAUCACAGAAUUACUGCAUCACGAAAAGCUGCCUGUGCCUCUGAUCAAGUGUCUAAAUGUAGUCAUUCUCACUGCAACAAAUAUUAGUGAGCUGAACCACCAGUGGGGUUGUCUAAUUGAGUUAACGACGACUAGUGGCCUGCUAGCGGCAAUGGAACCAUUCGUAUCAAAGCACUUCGAGACAACACUUUCAGAUGUAGAAGCUGCUCAACCUCUAUCAAAACUUUGUCUUGAAUUCCCAGAUCUUUAUAUUGGGUGUUAUCGCAAAUCCAGAAAUGGGGCUUUGAUAAUAAAUUUUGAAGGCAAGGUAAAGAAGGGUUGCAAAGUAUUUGAGGUGUGUUUGAAAUCACUAAGCCAGAAAACUAAGUGAAUUACGUGGAAAUCUUUUGUCACUAUCUGCAGGAUCAAGCGAGAAUAGAAGCAGCUGCUGAAGCACUGUGCAAGAAGUUUCCGCUGGGAGCAUUUUCUGACGUUAGCUGACUUGAUUAUUAACUAUUCUCUGAAGAAAGGUUGCUGAGGCAUGGAAGAUGCUUUCAUAGCCACAUUCGGUGGUGAUAUCCAAAUUAUAUGGUGCAAGGAGCCUCUCUAUCCAGGAGCCGAUCAUCCAUUAUAGAAGGAUUUGGAAAUGCAAUGCGACACAGAGCAAGGAAGCUGCCCCACCCCAAACAAAAAGAAAAUAAUACAAAAGAAAGAAAAACCCAAACAGAACAAUGAAAGAAAGAAUGAGAAAUGUGAAAAGAGAAUUUGUUUUAUCUUGUUAAAAAAAUAUUACAUUUAACUAUAGAAAUGCUCAAGCAUUAACUCUCUCUCUCUCUCUCUCUCUCUCUCUCUCUCAACUGAGCUUAUCUUUCUUCUCUUUUGAAAUCUGGUGUCAAUAAUUUACAAGCUGUGCAAUGACCAAGUAGCAGUACCUUUUGUUUUUGCAACAAAGAAAGAUUAUCUGCUUUUGUAUUGAACAUCAUAAUCUUCAGUACUGAGGCAAUCUCCGGGUUAAUUGGCUUGACUAUCAUAUGCCUGAGUCACCAUGUAUAAAUUACAUGAGACACUGCCCCAGGUUGUUGGUGAUGCAUCUGUACCCCUAUUCUG